CCGCCGGCCGCCCCCUCCGCGGGCCAUGCGGCCGCUGCUGCCGCUGCUGCUGCUGGGCACGGUGGCGCUGGGCCAGCCGCGGGACGUGUUCCCCGCGGGCGCGCAGUGCCUGGAGCACGAGUGUUUCGCCGUGUUCUGGGCGGCCCGGCCCUUCUCGGCCGCCAGCGAGGGCUGCGAGCGGGGCGGGGGGCACCUCAUGACCGUGCGCUCCACCGUGGCCGAGGAGGCGAUCGCGCUGCUGCUGCAGAACCGCGCGGGGCGGCUCUGGCUCGGGCUGUCGCUGGCGCCGUCCUUGUCCUGCACCGAGCCCAGCCAGCGGCUCCGCGGCUUCCGCUGGGUCACCGGCGACCGCAGCACCGACUACACCAACUGGGCGCCGUCGGGGCGGCGCUGCGGCGAGCGCUGCGUGACCGUGUCCCGGGAGCUGCGCUGGGAGGAGCGGCGCUGCGACGAGGCGGCCGACGGCUUCCUCUGCCAGUACAGCUACGGCGGCAGCUGUCCCCGCCUGGCCGCCCCGCAGGGCGUCCUCGUCACCUACGCCACCCCGUUCGGCGCCCGCGGAGCGGAGUUCCUGGCGCUGCCCCCGCGCAGCGUGGCCUUCAUCCCUGAGUUCGGGCUGGAGCUGCGCUGCGACGAGGAUGGGGACAGCGCGGGGCCGCGCUGGAGCCGCGACAUCCCGGGAGCGUGGCCCUGCGAGGUGGCCGGCGGCGGCUGCGCGGGGACGUGCGGAGAGGAGCGCGGGCGGCCGCGCUGCUCCUGCGCCGAGGGCACGGUGCUGGCCGCGGACGGGCGCGGCUGUCGCUCCCUCUGCGAGGGGUCGCCGUGCCACCAUCACUGCGUGGUGGCCGACGGCUCCUUCGUGUGCAUGUGCUUCGUGGGCUACCGGCUGGCGGCCGACGGCGUCGGCUGCGAGGACAUCGACGACUGCGCCAGCGAGCCCGGCCCGUGCGAGCAGCAGUGCGUGAACACCCAGGGCGGCUUCGAGUGCCGCUGUCACAGCGGCUACGCGAUGGUGGACGGGCGCUGCCAGCCCCGGCCGCCCUGCCUCGAGGCGCCGUGCCAGCAGCGCUGCGAGGAGCUGCCCCACGGCUACCGCUGCGCUUGCGACCCCGGCUACGCCGUGGACCCGCGGGACGCCACCGCCUGUCGCCUGUACUGCAACGCCACCGAGUGCCCGGCCGUGUGCGGGGCCGGCGGCAGCUGCGAUUGUCCUGAGGGCUUCGUGCUGGACGGCAGCGACCUGUGCGUGGACCUGGAUGAGUGCGACAGCGGUCACUGCGAGUUCAACUGCACCAACACCCCCGGCAGCUACCAGUGCCACUGUCCCCACGGCCGGUACCUCCGCGACAACGAGUGCCUCCCCAUCCCGGACGGGGACGGCGACGAAGCGUUCUCGGGCGAUUCGGAGCCCGUCCCGCCCACGCCCGUGCCCAGCCGGCCCCCGCCCAAGGCCGAGCGGCUGCACCCGGGGCUGCUGGUGGCCAUCGCCGCGGGUGCCCUCCUGAGCCUGCUGGCGCUGCUGGCGCUGGGAUUGCACCUGGCCAGGAAGCGCUGCCGCUCCCACGGCUCCAUGGAUUACAAGUACAGCGGCCCCCAGGAGAAGGAGCUGGGGCUUCAGCCGGUCCCCUCCGCACAGAAGCCGUAGGGACGCCGGGAGGCGAACUGGGUGACAUUUAUUCCCCCCCUCGCCCCCCCCGCGACCCUCCACCCCCCGCCCGACCCCCGGCUGGAAUUUUUCCAUGAUAAUUCGGGAAAAGCUGCGAUCACCCCACUCCCAGAAAUACUGGCUGCUUCCCAGCCGCCUCAUGGAAGGCUGGCGCCGGGGAGCGGGGAAAGCAGAGCGCCCGGAGGCCGCUCCGCUCCUGCUGCGUUCCCGCUCCCUCGGCGUCCAGCUUUCCUCUUCCCGAGCCGGCGGUCGGGAAAACCGCAAGGAAAAACCCGGGAGGGGCGGCUCCGUGUGGAAGGGACUCUGAAGCCGUGGGAUGAGGGCAUGGGGUUACCAAGGCGGGGACUUCGGAAGGACACCUCCACCCCAGUGCCCCUCCCCUGGGCUGGACGGUUUUCCCGAGCCGGGAGGCUCCCGCUUUUCUUCGGGAUGGGGUUGGUUUGUUUUAAGCUGAGGGGUGAUGGAAGAAGGAGCAAAGAUGCUGUGGGAAGCACUUGUCACCUGAAGCCCCCGGUGACAGCACGGACCCGGCUCAGUGUCACCAAGGCGGGACUCAAAUCCCUGACUCCCAUUCCCUCUCGUUACAUUUUUGCGGGAUGUGGAGGUUAAGCAGGGACGCCGAGGCUGCCGGGGUGGGUUUUGUGGGAAAGGUUUGCGCUGCUGCAGAGCCACAUCCAGUUUCUUCCCUGAUUUUCCGCCGUCGUUGCCUUGAAUUGUUGGAUUUGGGGGAUUUUUGUGACCCCGCCCCCCUCCCGUCCGCCGGGAUUUUCCCUCGUCCCGGGCUGACUCUAUCCCAAGGCAAAACAUUCCCACGAGGCGGCAUCCAGCUCGCCGCUCAUUCCCAGCCACAGACUGGGGGCAAUUCUGGAGAAGGAUCUGUUUUUCCAGCUCUGUCAUUCCCUGGGGAGCCAAAGGGGGGGGGGGUCCUGCUCCGGCUGCCGUUGGAGCGGGAAUGUCGGAGCGGGCGCUGACAGCUUCAUGCCUGUGAAACAUUUAUUGUCCCGGAGCGGCCGAAGUUUUGGGAGUCUGGGAUCAGAGCCGGGGGGUUCUGUUCCCCGACAUUCCCCCUUCCCACCCUAUAAACUUCCCAGCACGCAGCAUCCCCCCCUAGAAUGCGAAACCUCGGCUGCAAAUUCCCAGGAAAACCAAAAUAGAGGCGUUGUAGGAAUUGUAGCUUUCCCAAAAGGUCGUUAUCCCAAAGGCCGGGUAACCGAGGAUCGUGUCCAUGGAUCCCUUGGGAUGGGUUAAAGGGAAACCACACGGAAUGAGGGCUGUAAAUCAAUGGAUGUUGGGCUGCAGUGGGAAGGACGGAGCUGUUUUGAUGAUCUGUAAUUAUCCAGAAAGAGAUAUCAAAAUACAGAGGUGUCCCUCGGGAAGAAUAUCCAAAGGAAGGGAAGGGAAGGGAAGGUUAAGGGUUGAAGGUGGGAAGACACUGAUGAAAGGCGUCAUCCCACCUGCAGGAUCUGCUUCCCAUGGAUCUCUCCUCGUUAUCCAGCUCCAAACCCUGCCCAUUCCUGGCUGGAUCCCAGGUUUUGCCACCACACCCCCAAAAACUCCCUCCUCCCCCUACCCCCCCUUCCCUCUUAUCGCAGAUUCCCGCUGCGGAGUUUUAUCUUAUCACAAAUUCCUUACGGUGUCCGAGUCCUGAAUUCCCGACACUCCCCGUUUUAUCCUUCCCUUCCUCGGCACGUUUGUAAAUCUUUAUUUAUUUAUUGGAAUUUUACCCCGCGCGACGGGAAUUGCCUCGUGGAGAUCCUGGGUGGACACCAAUAAAGCUUUGCCAGCCUGGCUCAGA